AUGGCCGAAGCUGGUCGUGGCCAGAAGCGGAAACACAAGAAGCCACCACAAUAUGCAGCUAAAGAAACAUCUGUGGUGGAGGAAGUGCUGAGAAACGGUCGCAUUCUGCAUAUAUUUUGCUGGUGGAGCCAUCAGGAUUUGCUGAAGGAGCAAAGGUGUGACGGGAAAGAACUAGGCCACGUGGCUCUCAGCAUCGCCUUUGAAAAGGUGGAGAUUUUGGCCCACGCGCGGGCCUUGUAUCGGCGCAUCCUGCUGCUGCACCGCUUUCUGCCCCCGGACCUCAAAGCCCUCGGCGACCAGUACGUGAAGGACGAAUUUAGGAGACAUAAGACGGUUGGUUCGAACGAGGCCCGACGUUUCUUGGAGGAAUGGGAGGCGUAUGCAGCAGUGCUAUGGCAACAAGCUAAUGAAAACAGCCAAAAUUCGACUGAAAAAGCAUGCUUUGGAACAGCCCUACCAGAAGAAAAACUUAAUGACUUUCGUGAUGAACAAAUAGGACAGCUGCAGGAGCUGAUGCAAGAAGCCACUAAACCCAAUAGGCAAUUUAGUAUCACUGAGUCUAGGAAACCAAAAUGUUAGUCUAUACAGUAAAGCUUAACAAGCAUUUACAGUUCAAAACCCCUUAUUUUAACUCUCAUUGGUUUUAAAAAUUUGAGCUUUUAGGCUUUGAAGAGUGCCUGGUGUAAUAAAAUAUAUAUUUUUUGUUGGGGGAUGUUAUGAAUGCUCACUGAAGUGUAUGGAUCAGGUCACCAGUGGACGGAACUUUACAUGAUAGAGGAGUAACAGUACUUGCCAGAUGGGAUUCAAUUAUUGGACUAAAUAAGGAAGAACAGCUCUAAACAGGACAAACUUCUGGAAUUUUGCAAAAAAAAUUUAUGUAUAAAUUUGUUUUUAAUGCUAUUCUUGUUUGAGCAUUAGCCUCAUGGUUUUAGUUUCAUCAGAUAAGUACAUCAUGAUAAUAUGGAUGUAGAAUUUCAGCCAGAUUAUUUAAUUAAAUACAUUGUCAUCUUAAAAGUUU